AUGUAUUACAACAACAAUUUAGAUAUAGAAAUUAUUUUACUUGAAAAUAAUAAAUAAAAUAAUAAUGCAGAAUUUAAAAAUAAGAAAAUUUAAAUAAAAAAACUAUUUCAAUAAGGAAUAGAAUUGAUUAAGAAAGAUGAAGUUUUAAAGGAUAGUCCAUAAAUUUAUGAAUUAGCCAAAAAGAACCUUAUAAAAUGGAAGAGAUAUUUAAAUGAUUUAUUGAAAUAUCAUAAGGAAUAGAGGGUGAUUGAAUUAUUAGAAAAGAAAAGAAAAACUUUGAGAAAAUAUGAAAUUAGUGGAAUUCAUCCAGAUUUAAUAGUGAAAAAAGGAUAUUGGGUUAUUUUUAUGGAGUAUAGAUGGGAAUGUAGGAAAUGUAAUAGAUAAUUUAUGGAUAAUCUAAAAGCAAAGAAACAUAUGAGAAAAAUAUGUUUUAAGGGUGAAUAUGGAUAGAAAUCAGAAGAAAAAUAAGUUAUAAUAAAGAAGAUAUUCAAGAGAGCUUGA